AUGGCGUCGCGGGACCCACCGGAAUACCCCACCAGGAUCCCGCCGGAGAUUCCCUCAACGCCGCCGCUGAAGCACGAUCCCUCUUCGGUCCCACUCGAGGUGCCGCCGCUCACCACCUCGCCGCAGGUCGACCCCGGCGAAGCCCCGUCGGAGGUGAAAGAGAAUCUUCCGCCGUACGGGACCGAGGCGAGGCCGGAAAUCGAGUUCCCUAAGCCGCCGGUAUCACCACCACCGAAGCCGGACGUCCCGCCGAUGCCGCCCGGUAUCCAAGAUCUUUUAAUUAUGGCGUCGCGGGACCCACCGGAAUACCCCACCAGGAUCCCGCCGGAGAUUCCCUCAACGCCGCCGCUGAAGCACGAUCCCUCUUCGGUCCCACUCGAGGUGCCGCCGCUCACCACCUCGCCGCAGGUCGACCCCGGCGAAGCCCCGUCGGAGGUGAAAGAGAAUCUUCCGCCGUACGGGACCGAGGCGAGGCCGGAAAUCGAGUUCCCUAAGCCGCCGGUAUCACCACCACCGAAGCCGGACGUCCCGCCGAUGCCGCCCGGGCCGGAUAUCUUGCCACCGGAUCGGCCGCCGGGACCGGAGAUUGACCCUCCGAGAAUGCCGCCGCGGGAUGUUCCCCCUAUGAGGCCUCCGGGGCCGGAGAUUGUGCCGCCGCCUAAUCUGCCGCCGGAUAUUAAGCCACCGCCUGGGAGCCCAUUUGGGGACUUUGGCUUCACGAUCUAA